AUGACCGACGAGCACGGAGCAGAGCCGACGGCCAAGGAGCUGCGAGCUGCGCUGCAGGGCUGCAUGGUCCAGCGCCAAACCACCUUUUGCGUCGGCGGCGUCCUCGGCGGCAUGCCCAUCAGCAUGUACAAGCGCAGCCUAUACCCGUUCGCGAUCCUCGGCGUCCUUGGCUCGUUCGUCGACUACUCGUACCCGUACGACAAGAGCUGCGUCGAGAUCAACGAAAAGUACCAGCUCGCGCUCGCCCGCGAGGGCCCAACGCAAUAA